GAGCCGACGAGGACCCGAAGUUCGAAGCGGCACCGGUGUUUCGAGCGAGCUCCUCUUGCAGGUUGUAAUCCCACCGCAGCAUACGCCAAGUCGCCGCCAUGAAGAACACCGUCGUGACUGUCUUCUUCAGCCUCGCGUCGCUCGCCUGCUGCGCGUUUGCGCUUAUGUACCCGGCGUGGUUCCAGCAAAAGUACGCCAGCGCGAACGCGACCGUCGAGGUCUACCAAGGCUUUGGCCUCUUUGCCUUUUACUCGACGAACGCGCUCCAGACGCCGUUCUACGCGUCAGCGACGACGCUCAAGUACGCCGACUUUUGCGCGGCGAACGCGGCCGGGAAGCCGUCGCCCAAUUGGAUGCUCGGCAACGGCAACGCGAUCGCCGAGAUUGUGUGUGGCUCGGCCAUGACCGCGCUGCAGUACGUCAUGGGCUUCGCGACAGGUAUUGCCGGCCUCGCGCUCCUCGGCGCGAUCGCUGCCACGUACAACCCGUCGACGGGCCUCGCCGAGCGCACGGUCUCGGGCGGCACCUUUCUCGCGUCGCUGCUGCUGCUCACGUCGCUCAUCCUCUGGGCGCUGCAGAUCCAGCAAAAGAUGUACAACGUCGACGUGAUCAACUCGGCGUACCUCGAAUGCAAUGCGGGUGUGACCAACUGGAGCUGCUGGUUCUACGGCUACAGCUUUUGGACGGCGAUCGGAAGCGUCGUUGGCAUGCUCAUCACCAUGUACACGAGCUCGGCCGGCCGCGCGGAAAAGAUCCGCCACUUCCGCAACGAGUACGAGCAGGACCUAGCGAUCGCGCUCCAACAGUCCCUCGAAGCCGCCCAAAACAACGCGUCAUCGCCGCGCACGAUGCAGCAAGCGGGCUACGCCGGCGGCCACUACCAGCAGCAGCACUCGCAAGGCCACGUGGCGCCGUCGCGUGUGUAAACGCGCUUGCGUUCGAUCUCUGUCGUCGCCUUCUUUCUUCCUCCAUUGCCAUAAAAUAUUAGUUUUAGUCCA